UGCGCCCAUGUCAUUAUCUAACCUAACGACGGAAAACAGAGUACAACAACAUUCACAACUGUUUGAUUAUAAACUUUGCUCUUACUAUAAAUGCUUACAACGUGUUUAAGAUUGACUUGCUAUAAUAUCGUAAUACCAUGAUGAGCAACACGGACAGAAAAGAACAGUAUAAAUGUGGCGAUCACAGUGUCCAGUCGGUGAGGCAGAAAAUAAAAGAUACAUUGGACGAGUCAAGAAAAGAGAGUCGUCAGGCACUCGUAACAAGCAAGCGAUUUAGAGUUUCAACGUUACCUGGGGAUGUUACCGAUCUCAGUCUAGUUCAAGUUAGACAGACUGCCAGCGAUCUAAAGAAGAAGAGUGGAACAAACAGACUGAGCCUGCUGAAGCAACUUACAGCUGCAUUCACGCUGCAUGUGGACAAUCUCACCGAGUUUUUAGGUGUGGACGGAGCCCUGAGAUCGCUGGUUAGCAUAUUCACUGGCAUUGACACUGAACUACAAACAGAAGCGGCUCUCUGCCUGACAAAUUUAGCAGCCGGUAGGUAUUCCGUAUUAUGUAUUAUCAGGGAGUGA